CUUGAUGCAUUGACUCGGUAGAUCUCUGCAUCCCUUAAUUCAUCACAAGGCCGCUCCUUCCUUGUCUGCCUACCUAAAAUUAAUUUCCAAGAAGAAACAGGGAAGAACAAUGGCCGGAGGAAGAGAUGUCCUGUUUUCCACCAUCACCAUGGUGCUAGACAAGAUGCAUAGCUUGGCUUCAUCAUCAACGUCAUCUUCUUCUUCGUCGCCACACAAUGCUAUUGAACAAGAGAUGAGUAAGCUGACAGAGACGAUGAGGAGAAUCCAAGCCAAACUUGAUGACUCAGAGGAGGAGAAUCAUGCAAAAAGUCACUCGGAGAAGCUUUGGCUAAGCGAGCUCAAAGAUGUUGCCUAUGACGCCGAAGACGUAGUAGAAGAGUACGAGUACGAGACGUUGCGUUCCAAACAAUUGCAUGAGAACAGCAGUGGGACACAUGAGGAUGAACUAGCAAAUAAAGCCACAGAGAUAAGGAAAAGGUUUGAUGAGAUCACCAAGGAGUGGAAACUCCUAAAGUUGCCUAAGAACGCUGGAAAAAGAAAGAGAAGCCCCAUGCUCUUAGAUAUGAACCGAGAAGAAGGCUCUUCUGUGGUUGAAUCAGAUGUUUUUGGAAGAGAAGAGGAAAAGGAUGUGCUGGUUAAAUGGCUGCUGUCAGAGGAUGAUACAACAGGAAAUGGAGUUUCUGUAAUUGCUGUAAUUGGGAUGGGGGGACUGGGUAAAACAACAUUGGCUAAGCUUGUCUAUAAUGAUGAAAGAGUGAAAAGCUAUUUCGAUUUAACAGGAUGGGUCUGUGUAUCUGAAAAUUUUCAUGUUGUUAGUUUGACAAAGAAGAUCCUGCAAUCAUUUGCCAAAGUGAAAGUUCACGAAGAACUAGAUGAGCUCCAACAUGCACUGCGAGAAAAACUGCAGGGGAAGAAGUUUUUACUAAUAUUAGAUGAUGUUUGGAAUGAAGAAUUCACUCGCUGGGAUGAAUUAAGAAAGCCCUUACUAUCAGCUCAUGUGGGUAAAGUUAUAGUGACCACUAGGAAUCAACCAGCUGCUAGAAUUAUGGGGACAAGAAGUCCUCUCAACUUGAAUUGCUUACCAUUUGAUGUAUGCUGGCAAUUGUUCAAGAGAGACACUUUGGGAGGAGCAGAUAAGAGCCCACAACCACAUCUUGAAGACCUUGGUAGGAAGAUAGUAGACAAGUGCAAAGGCUUACCUUUGGCUGUGAAGGUGCUUGGAGGCGCUCUCAGAAACAACGAAGAUAUAGAUUCAUGGGAGGACAUGCUAGAGAAUGAGAUGUGGGAGUUAGAAGAAACAAAUAAAGGAGUUUUACCAGCACUUAAAAUAUCAUAUGAUUGCAUGCCGAUCCAACUUAAAAGAUGUUUCCAAUACCUAUCCUUAUUUCCCAAAGACAGAAUUUUAGAUUCAGAAGAAAUAGUCCGAUUUUGGAUGUCACAAGGUCUUCUUCCUCUUGAUGGAGAUAAGAGAGCAGAGGACAUAGGCAGAAAUUACAUAAAAAGAUUGGCUCAGAGGUCAAUAAUACAUCUGGAAUGGGAUGACACCUUUUUGAUGAGAUGGAAAUAUUUUUCGAUGCAUGAUCUUGUUCACGACCUUGCACAAUGUAUAGCUCAGGAUGAAUGCCUCUGUGUGAUGGAUAAAUUCGACGCAAAGAAAUUACAAAAGGUUCGACACUUGUCGGUGUGUAUAGAAUAUCCUCAUCUACUAGAACACGUGGAGAUGAUAAAAGAUCUUCAACAACUAAAACUCAUGCGGACACUUUUUACUACAGGACCUGGGUGCCGAUCUUUUAUGACAAGACAAUACAAUUCUUUUAAAGUCCUUGACGAUCUUUUUCAAAAAUUGAAAUACAUACGAGCACUCUAUUUAAGCGAAAUCAGCAUCACCGGGCUACCAGAUUCAUUAGGCAACCUCAAACUACUUCGUUAUCUUUCUAUAAAAGACUAUGAUGUAGUGAAUAUUCCAGAGUCCAUAUGCAGCCUUUACAAUUUACAAACUCUGGAUCUGGAAGAUACACAAAUUUCUGAACUCCCAAGGCAGAUUGGAAAUUUGAUAAACCUACGUCAUCUUUUGCUUCCUAACGAUUAUGCCGAUUAUGACGAUUAUGAAGGUGUCUUUCUUCCAUCUGGAAUUGGAAACAUGACCAACUUGCAGACACUCAGUUGCUUCAACGUCAGUUGUGAAAAAGAGCAUUGCGACAUAGGAGAAUUGAAUAGUUUGAUGAAACUUGGAGGGCAUAUCUCCAUUUCUGAUGUAGCAUCCGUGAACAUAUUUUCAAACUCAACACCCCCUCUGAAGACAAAAAAGUAUAUUGAUUCUUUGGAGUUAGAUUGGUAUAGAGAUACUCUUGAGCUUUCAGAAUUUAAAAAAGAUGAAAAGCAGGCAGAGUGGCAGCUCGACUACCUCGAACCGCAUGUCAAUCUCAAGAUCCUUGAAAUAAAGAACUAUCCAGGUGUCAAAUUUGUUGGAUGGGUGGGCGCUUCAUCCUUCACUAAGUUGACUACUUUGCGUGUAUGGAAUUGUAAGAAUUGCAAUAAACUUCCACCGUUGGGUCAACUUCCUUCUCUGAAAAUGCUUGAGAUACGUGGGAUGGAUAGCGUUCAACACGUGGGACGUGAAUUUUGCUCCAUGCUAAUGCCAUCUCCAUCUUCUUCCCAAAACAAAAUUGCAUUUCCCUCUCUAAAACGCUUGAUAUUUAGCAAUAUGGAAAAUUGGGAAGCGUGGGAUGGAGUGGAGAUUGGUGAUUUCCCCAGUCUCGAUUCUAUUAGAAUUUUUCGAUGUCCUUUGCUGAUCAAGUUUCCCCAGUGGUCCUAUAUGUCUUCCGUGAAAAAAAUGGAAUUGGGUAGUAGUGGUGUACCUGAUGUUUCAAAUUUCCAUUCACUGACAAAUUUAACAAUUAUAUUAAUAUCUCAGGAAUAUAGUGAGUGGAUGCCCAAGUGUUACUUUCCAAUGCUCCAAAACUUGACAUUAUUAAGUGGCUUUGCAAAAUCUGUUCAUCUAUCACAGAAAGUGCUACCUUCACUGAAGACUUUAGAGAUUAGUUAUUUUAGCGAAUUGCAGGUUGUUACGGGGUUAAAAAAUCUCACCUCCUUGAAUUCUUUAAUUUUAAAAAAUUGUCCUAAUCUUGAGUUCAAGAAGUUACCAACCACCCUUGAACAAGUGAAGCUCGACAGGUGUCGUUUGUUCGAGAAAGGGUUCAAAGAACAACAGCAUAUGCGCAAUGUCUUGGGAGAGGAAGAGGAAGAAGAGAUGGAGAUAGAUAUGUAGUUACGACUUGGGAAUGGUGGAGAGGAUGACAACAACGUUGAUGAUAAUAUGGAUGAUCAACCAGUGAAGCUCAAAAAGUGUCCUUUAUUUGAGAAAGAGUUCGAAAAACAACAGCAUAUGAGAAAUAUCUUGAUGAUAGAGACACACAAUUCCGAUGAGGAAGAGAAAGAGGAGAUGGGUGUCGA